AUGAGAACAAUCCGUUUUGCAAUGUACAACCGGUUUGUGAUUGUCCGAGUGGUGGUGUUUGGAGUGACUGGCAGAACACAUCCACGUGAAGCCACAUCAUCUCCGCUUGGUUGUGGCUCAUGUCAAGUGCAACUUCAAGAAAGAACAUGUCUCUCAGAACCGCUCGGAUGUCCUUGCACCGAAUCGUCAUGGCGUUGGCGUCGAUGCAAUCCAACAAUCUGCGUUUUUCCUUUGCAAACUUGUUGUGACGAUGUUGAUGGAAUCAAGAGAACGCUUGUCAUAGCUCAAAAAGUCUACCUUUGUUUGCCAACUCCUUCGAAUCUUUGGAAUGAUACAUCAAGCUCAACGGAUCUCUCAUCGAUCACUGAUUGCAGUACUACAUCUACUACGUCUACUACAAUCGCCACAACAACUACAACUACAACAACGACAACGACAACAACGACAACGACAACGACUACAACAACAACGACUACAACAACGGCAACAACAACGACUACAACAACGACAACAACGAAAACAACAACGAGGACAACAACGACGACAACAACGACAAAACCAACCAUCAAAACUACAACAAAACCAACCAUAAAAACCACUACAAAACCAACCACAAAAACCACUACAAAACCAACAACCACAACUAGAACCACCACCACAACUACCACAAAACCCACUACCAGAACUACAACAACAACUCGAAAAACUACGACAAAAACCACAAUGAAAGCAACGACAAGAACGACCACCCGACCAACAACAACAAAAAAACUUCCCGAUUGUUCGUGCACACAAGCCAUCCAAUCUUUUCCACCCAAGCCUGUUCCGACAUUUCCACAGGGAGUAAGUGGUACGUGCUCGCCGACAUCUUACAUAUGGUGGUGUCGACCAUUGAAUGCAAUACAAAAUGCCAGCUAUAUGACCAGCGCUAUUUACGAUGAUCAUGGAAAUAUACUCGCAAAGAAGACUUACUGCGGAAGCAAAUGGCAACAGAACAUUAUCUAUGGAGCGUGUAACACAACGCCAUCACCUCGAACCACAAUAAACCUUGCAAAGUACAAUGGUGCUCGUGUGGCCUACCAAACUUGUAUCAGUAACGGUCUAAACUUGCAAUGUUUGAUUGGA